AGAAAGCUUUAGAUCUAGCAACUGUUAAAAAGGUCCGCUCUGUUGCUUCUCUUCCCAUUCAGAAACCACCCCCAAAGUAAAACCCUUUUUUCCUUUUCUUUCAUUACAAUCUUCAUUCUCGCCACUCGUUUUUCUUUAAACCAUUUUUAAUAAUUUUUUUUCCAUUUUGUUUAGAAUUUUAAAUUUAUCGUAAUUUUGUUUCUCCGUAAAUCAAACCCAUGGGUGACAGUCAAUAUUCCUUUUCUCUCACAACUUUCAGUCCUUCAGGAAAGCUAGUUCAGAUCGAGCACGCAUUGACUGCGGUCGGGUCGGGUCAAACAUCUCUUGGAAUCAAAGCUGCCAAUGGGGUGGUAAUUGCUACUGAGAAGAAAUUGCCUUCAAUCUUGGUUGAUGAAGCCUCUGUUCAGAAAAUACAGUGUCUGACACCAAAUAUUGGAGUUGUUUACAGUGGUAUGGGUCCUGAUUUUCGAGUUUUGGUUCGGAAAAGUAGGAAGCAGGCAGAACAAUAUCAUAGAUUGUAUAAGGAACCAAUUCCAGUAACACAACUUGUAAGGGAAACUGCAGCUGUUAUGCAGGAGUUCACUCAGUCUGGUGGUGUAAGGCCUUUUGGCGUAUCUCUACUGGUUGCUGGAUAUGAUGACAAUGGUCCACAACUGUAUCAGGUGGAUCCGUCCGGUUCCUAUUUCUCAUGGAAAGCCUCAGCAAUGGGGAAAAAUGUCUCAAAUGCAAAAACAUUUCUUGAGAAGAGAUACACCGAUGAUAUGGAGCUUGAUGAUGCUGUGCAUACUGCUAUUUUGACUCUCAAAGAGGGAUUUGAAGGACAAAUCUCAGGGAAAAACAUUGAAAUUGGGAUUAUUGGAGCCGACAAAAAAUUCAGGGUGCUAACCCCAGCCGAAAUCGAGGAUUAUUUGGCUGAAGUCGAGUAGUUUGUCUUCUUACCCGAGACUAUUUAGAAGUGUUUAUUUUAUGCGACAUUUGUUUUGAGACGUUCAAUUCAGUCAAAUGUUGUACGGAAUUGAAAAAACUUUGGGAAUGCAUGAUCUUGGAACUGAAAUCGAAUGAGAUCUGGGUUUGAUAUAGAAUUCUCAUGCUGUUACU